AAGUCAAUUUAUUUAUCUGUUUAGAAACAAUUUAUUACUUUAGAUCCAAUUAAUAAUAAGGAUAAAAGAAUAAUUAAUAGCUACAUUUUCUUAUAAGUCACAAAAAUGAAUAUUUCUUUAAUCAUACUUUUAACAUUAAGUUUAGCUAUUUUAGAUACACGUGGUUCAUAGCAUAUGUGCAACCAUGACUCAGAUAUAUCUUACAACAUACCCUCUGAUUACAUUGAAACAUUUGAAGCUAAAUUUGGUAAAAGAAACCUAUAAGCAGGGUAAAAUACUCAACCAUUUAGAGUCACUUUUGAUGCAAGUUAACUUUACAACAAUACAAACGGUGCAGGCAUGACAGAUGACAAAAGAAAUUAUAUCAUCUAAAUAUUGAAAGCAGCACAAGUUUUCUUAAGAAAUUUUAUUCAAGUUGUUCCUAGAUAAACUCCAAUUACUUCUUUAUAUGGAUGGACUUCUUGUGGAUAAGCUCCAUUUAUUGUAUAUUAUCCUCCAGAAUUGCAAAGAAAUGGAGCAGGAAUUCCUAAUUCUGAUAUGCAUCUAUUAGUUACAUUUUUCAACGAUGGUACUAGCUCUUAGUUAGCAAGUGCAGGUUUUUGUGAAUUGAAUCCAGGUCCUACUAUUGGUAGAGUUAGAUUUAAUCUAGCCACUAUGUAAAUGGAUCCAAAUAAUAGUCUGUUUUAAGAUAACUUUUCAGUUGCUCUACAUGAACUUACUCACGCAUUAGGUUUUUCUGGAGGUGCUGUUUAAUAUUGGAUUGAUCCAGAUACAGGAAAUCCAUAUGGUUCAAAUGUAUCAAAAAUUUUGACACAAACUACUUUAUGGGGUGUUUCGGGAGUAAACAAAUUAUCCUCUAAAAAUGUGCUUUAAGUAACAAAAAACCAUUUCGCUUGUCCUUCAAUAGAUGGAAUGUUUUUAGAAAACUAAGGAGGAUCUGGAUCUAUGGGUUCACAUUGGGAAAGAGAUUUGAUUAAGAACGAAUAUAUGACUGCUUCUUAGGUUUUAAAAUCUUAUGUUGUAAGCGAGUUUACUGCUGCUCUUUUAAGAGAUACAGGAUUCUAUGCAGGUAUUAAUAGUAACAUGGUUGGUACAAUUUAUUGGGGUAAAAAUAAAGGAUGCGAUUUCUUUUAAAAUGUAUGCAAUUCUACAACUACAACUUACCCUGAAUUUCCUGUAAAAUAAAAUGGCUAAUAGUAUUGUGACUUUUAUGGUAUGGCUAUAGGUAUAGUAACUUAGAAUUUGGAUACAUUUUCAUAAUGUCCAGUCGCAUAACCUUAUUCUAACUAAUUUUGCUAGGAUCCAGCUUUCGAACCUGCUGAGUGGAGUAGGAUUACUACAGGAGUAAAUUCUUAUUGCUUUAUGUCUAAUUCAGUAAAGAAUGGGUGGUCAUCAAAUUCUCAAGGUUAUAAUUCAAGAUGCAAUAUAAUAAAAUGCAGUGCAGAUUUUUCAACAAUAACAGUAUAUCUUUGGCAGUAGGAGACUAUUACAUGCAAUACACCAGGUUAAGUAAUUGAUUUAGCUAAGGCUACAUCAACCACUUAUGGAAACUUUACAUGCCCUUAUGAUUUCCAAAUGUUUUGCAGUUACCCUAAGACAUGCCCAAAUUAAUGCUCAUCAAAUGGAAUAUGCAAUAAUGGUUACUGCAUCUGCAUUGAUGGAUAUACGGGAUCAGAUUGUUCAAUCCCUUGUGCAUAUCCAAAUGCUUAUGAUGGGACCAACUGUAUUACUAAAUGUGCAGCUUCUACUUAUAAAAACCCUGAUAAUACAUGUUAACCAAAUUGUCCAUCAGGAUAUUACAAAGACUCAUCAUCACAAACUUGCAUUUUAUGUCAUACUUUUUGUUCUGCAUGCACUGGUGCUUUACCUUCUUAAUGCUCUUCAUGUAAUAUGGGAUAUCAAUUGAGCGGUAGUACUUGUGCUUCUUAUACAUGCGAUCAAACAUGUGGAACCUGUAAUGGUUCAGGCCCUAAUAAAUGCACUAGUUGCCUAUCUGGAUAUACCUUAACUGGCUCAACUUGUCAACCAACAUGUGACACUUCGUGCAAAACUUGUUCUUCUCAAAAUAAUCCAAAUUCUUGUACUUCCUGCAAAGAUGGUAGCUAUUUAAACAAUAAUUAGUGUAUAAAAUGUCCUACUCCAUGUGGUACUUGUGUUCUCUCAAAUUCUUAAGUAAUCUGUAAUUCAUGUACUCCAACUGCUUCUUACACUUAUGAUAGUGUUAAUAAAGUCUGUAAUCCAGUUUGUGAUCCUUCUUGUCUAAGCUGCACAUAGCCCUUAAAUAGUAACGCAUGUUCUUCUUGCCCUAGUGGAUCUUUCAUUCAAGGCAACUUUUGUCAGCCUUGCUAAUCUCCUUGUAAGACUUGCUAAAACUCAGCUACUUCUUGUAGAAGUUGUGUAAGUAGUACCAACUACACAUAUGAUUCAGUAAAUUUUGUUUGCUAAAUGAUAUGUCAUAGCUCAUGUACUUAAUGUACUAAACCUAACGACUAAACUUAAUGCACAAAAUGUGCUGAUGGUUAUUAUUUAAAUGGAACAACCUGCACUUAAUGCAACAGUCCAUGUAAAUUAUGCUCUUCUGCAACCUAAUGUCUUUCUUGUGUGAACAACACAGAUUACACAUAUGAUCCUAAUGGAAAAUAAUGCAUAUCUAACUGCUAUAAGUCUUGUUCUAGCUGCUCUAAGCCAAACGACUCUAAUUCUUGCUCUGCGUGUAAUGAUGGAUAUUAUUUAUCUGGUUCAUAAUGUCUCUAAUGCAAUUCUCCUUGUUCUAAGUGUUCUACAAAUGCUAAUCAAUGCACAGGUUGCGUUAGUGGGUAUUCAUUAGAUUAAAGCUAAAAUAAAUGCAAUAUUCAAUGUUACUAAAAUUGUAAGACAUGCUCAAGUCCUAAUAAUUAGCAGGCAUGUAAUUCUUGUAUUGAUGGCUAUUUCCUCUCAAAUAAUUAAUGUCUGCAAUGUCAAUCUCCUUGUGCUACUUGCAGUAAUUCAUCCACAAAUUGCUUAACAUGUGCAAAUAACUAUUAAAAGAAUGGUUCAAAUAUUUGUUAACCAAUUUGUGAUAGCUCUUGCAAAUCUUGCAGUUCUCCUAAAAAUGCUAACUCUUGCACUGAUUGCUUUGAUGGAAAUUUUUUGAAUACUAAUAAUUAAUGCGCUUAAUGCUAAAAACCUUGUCAGAAUUGUGUUUAAUAAGCAACAAAGUGUACUAGCUGCAUAAAUACUACUGAUUAUACUUUUGACAGUAUUAACUAAAUAUGUAGUCUUGUGUGUAAUAAAACUUGCUCUUCAUGCUUUGCUCCUAAUGAUAAUACUAAAUGUAAUUCUUGCAUAGAUGGAUACUAUAUUGAUGGAACUACUUGCAAAUAAUGUAACAGUCCUUGUAGUAAAUGUAACUAAUCUCCUAAUUAAUGUACUGGAUGUGUUGCAAAUUAUAAACUAAACAAUUCAAAUUAAUGUAUUCCAUCUUGUGAUCAAUCUUGUAAUACUUGCUCAAAACCAUUAGACAAGAAUUCUUGUAUUACAUGUAAUCCAGGAUAUACUAUGGUUAGUUCUUUAUGCUAAUAAUGCACUUAUCCAUGUUCUGAAUGUUAAACAAACUAAACUAAUUGCACUAAAUGUGCACCAAGUCAUGUUCUUAGUGGAAAUGUUUGCUAACCAACAUGUGAUGAAAGUUGUUUAACUUGUUCAAAACUUAUAGAUCCUAAUAGUUGUACAAGCUGUAAUCCUGGAUUUUAUCUAUAAGUUGGUAGUCAAGAUGGUUAGGGUUCUUGCAAAUAGUGUUAAAAUGUUUGCUUGACAUGUAAAGAUGGAUAAAGUUGUUAAUCAUGCAUUACAGGAUACUUACUUUAAAAUGAUGGAUCUUGUAGCCCAAUUUGUGAUGCUUCUUGCUUAACUUGUUCAAAACCAAACGAUAGAAAUUCUUGUUAAUCAUGUAGUGCUCCUCUAGUUUUACAAAAUAACUAAUGUUAAUAAUGUGGAGAAGGAUUAUAUUUUGACAGUGGGUCUUGCUCUAAUUGCAGUGAUAAUUGCAAAAGCUGCUCAAACAAAUAAAAAUGUGAAAUAUGCAAGGAAGGAUAUAUUUUAGAUUCUAGUUAAAAUUGCAUAAAAAGUAAUACUUGCCACUUAACAUGCUAAAAUUGUAUCGGUGAUUCCUACUUUUAAUGCACCUUUUGUGCUCAAAAUAGAUCAUUAGUCAAAAUAGAUGACUCUUUAAGUUAUGGAAUAUGCUAAUGCCCAGAAGAUACAACAGAUGAUAAUGAAUCUGAAUGUAGUUAAUCUAAAGUACAAAAAAAUAUUAAAUAAACCAUAAUUGGUACUUUUGCAGGAACUGCUUUUACAUCCAUUCUAAUAAGUAUUGGAUUACAAAAUCCUUUAAUAGCUUUAUCUUAUUUCUAACUAAGCUAAGGUAUAAGUUAUUUGAAUUUAGUAAAUGCUAAGCAAUCGGUAGGAUUUGAUGAGGCUUUGAGAGUGAUUUCAUUCUCAAACUUUGAUUUCUAAUAAUUUAAAUCUCCAUCUUAACAUAAAAAUAGAAUUUUGUCUAGCUCAAACAACAUAGAUUUAGUAAAUGGAGAACAAAUAAAUUAAAACCCAAAAAUUGCUUUAAAUAAUAAAAAUUAUAACUUCUUGCAGAAUUCAUAACCUAUUUUAUGGAUUUAAGGAUUUGCUUGGGCUAUUAGCCUUUCAACUCAUUUGAUCAGUAAAUACAUUAAAGUAUAAAGUGCUUUUAUAAAAAAUAUUAAGAAAUACACUGUAAUUUCACUUCCUUUAAUUACUUAUGCUGUGUGUUCUUAAGAAAUGUGGCUUUGUAUUUUUUAUUAAUUUGUGCUUUAAUCAAAUGGAUUAUCAAAUGCUGGAUAAACUGUUUGUAGUGUCUUUGCAUUUAUUUACAUGUUUGCUGUUUUAUGCUAUUUGUUUUACAAGCUAGAAUACAAGAAAUGCCUAAAUACUAGAUAAUUCAAAAAAUCAUUGUAAACAAUCGAUGUUAAUAGUCCUUAAAAUCUUUAAAUUCCAUCUGACCUUAAUUUAGAAGAUUAAAAAAAAUUUUACUUCUUGAACAUAUAUGUAAAAUAAGACUCUUUCGCAACUAGAAACAUAAUUUAGAUAAUAGUUUUAUUGAAGAUGAUAAUCUCAAUAGCUAUAUCAUGCAUUUCUAAUAAUGCAAUUGCCCAAAUAAUUUUAUUAAUCCUUAGCUACUUUGCCUUUUGUAUUUACAUAACUGCAUUCAGACCUUUAAAGCAGGUUAAACAUAAUGCCAUCCUACUUUCUAUUUACUUUAUUACUACAGUGAUUAGUAUUAUUUAUGCAGUUUCAAUUAAUUACUAAAACGAUUCUUAGACAAGCAAAACAUUAUCAUUGGUGAUGCUAGUUAUUAUUAUUACAUCAUAUGUUGUCUUUCUCUCUUUCUGGACUUUGAUUUUGCUUCAUUUAAUUUACCAAUGGCUCAAAAAAUGUAUCUAUAAAGAUUUCUAGUUUAAUCCACAAGAAAUGCCAAAGUAGUUACCUCAGCAUCCAAUUCCUUAAUCUAAAGAUGAAUAAGUUAGUUAACUUAAUAUGAUUGAAUAAACACAUUAACAGUUAGAGUUAAAAUCAGGACAAUUUUCUUAAAAUCUAAUGUCACCAGAUAGAAGCUUUCCUGGAUUUAAUUAGGCUAAAAUUUUAUGA